AUGAAAUUUGGUAGUCAACUUGAUGCAGCUUUAUAUGGUGAAUGGGCAGAAUUUUACCUGGACUAUAAUGGUCUAAAGAAACAUUUAAAGUUAGGGGAGAAAAAGGAAGCUGGUUAUACAGAAAAAGACGAAUCUGCUUUUGUAGAAUUGUUGGAUAAAGAAUUAGAAAAAAUUUAUGCCUUUCAAAAUUCCAAAUAUGAGGAAAUUAAAGGUCGUGUUCAACAUUGUGAAAAUGCAGUCGAAUCAAUAAGUAAAAGCCCUUCAAUGAAUAUUCCUGAUAGAUAUGCAGAAGUUGAACGCGAGAUUAAUUUUAUCACUGAAGAAUUGAAUGAGCUCGCAAAAUAUGCAAGAUUAAAUUAUACUGGCAUUAUCAAAAUUGUAAAAAAACAUGAUAGGCGAACACAUUACAUCCUGCGUCCUAUGUUUAAUGUUCGUUUGAAUGCAUGUCCUUUCUACAAAGAAAAUUAUGAACCUAUUAUUAUACAACUUUCACGUUUAUACCACAUCGUUCAUCAAAGAUUAGGAAAUAAUGAUCAAUUCUUGAGCUCAACACCAAAUUUUCAAUCUAUGUCUAAUUCAUGGAAACCACAAACAAUAAUGCCAGCACAAGAAAGAUUGUUGAGACAGUCUCGUAAAUACUGGGUCCAUUUGAAUAACAUCAUGGAAGUUAAAACCACUAUUCUCCGUCACUUACCAGUUAUACUCUAUAAAACUGGCUCUGACUCAUCUGUGACCUCAAUAUACUUUGACAAUGAACCAUUUGAGCUGUACCAAGAUAAAGUCGACCGUAAACCUGGCGAUCAAAUAAUCAGGUUACGUUGGUAUGGAAAUAAAUCAAAUGGUGGCGUCUUUCUUGAAAGAAAAAUCUAUGAAACGGGGGAUGAUGAAAUAAAAGAUCGAUUCUUUAUCAAAAAAAAAUAUGUGGAUUCAUUCUUAAAAGGCACAUAUUCAAUGGAAAAAGUUAUCAAGAAAAUGAAAGAAACUCCCGGAAGAACAGAUACCGACGUUGACCAAUUUGUGAAAUUGGUCAAAGAUAUUCAAAACACUAUUCAAGAUAAAAAUCUACAGCCUGUUCUUCGCACAUAUUAUAAUAGAAUGGCAUUUCAAAUUCCCGGCGAUAACCGUGUUAGGAUUUCUCUUGACACAGAUUUCUAUAUGAUAAGGGAGGACAAUUUUGAUAUUAUACGUCGUCGUGAAGGCGAAUGGCGAAGAUCAGACAUUGAAGAUGAUAAAUUUGACAAGUUACCAUCAUCUGAAUAUGCCAAAUUUCCUUAUGCCGUAUUGGAAGUUAGACUUAAUGCGAAUGGUAAUGAACCAGGCUGGGUACAAGAAUUUCUUGGAAGUCAUUUAGUUGAGGAGGCUCCUCAAUUUUCAAAAUAUGUUCACGGUGUUGCCACAUUAUUCACUGCUGAAGCUCCCUCCUUACCAUAUUGGCUACCAAAUAUGGAUAAAGAUAUUCUUAAACCACCAAGCACUCAUAAUAUAUAUGAUGAUUUAUCUACUGAAACUCCAGCUUCUUCAUCCAAUUAUAUUUCCUCAAGAAGACUUAAACAAACCAUACCAAAUAGUGGUAUUAUCAAUGUUGAAGUGGUCGGAAAAAAUCAAAUCAGUAGCAGAAAUAAGGUUCUCAAGACAUUUAAUAAAUUAUUUCAUAGACACAGUCAUUCUAAAACUAAAUCAGUCAUACUACCACCAAAUGUCAGAAUUCCUCAAGUAAUAAACACACAAAUACGCGUAGAGCCUAAAGUUUAUCUUGCAAAUGAAAGGACAUUCUUUUCCUGGAUGAGAUUUAGUGUAUUAUUGGGUUCAUUUGCUCUUGCAUUAUUCAAUGCCAGUGGCACUGAAAAUAAAGCUGGUAAAAUUUGUGGUGUCCUUUAUGCAUUAAUAAGUGUGUCUGUUUUAAUAUAUUCAUUAAUCAACUACAAUAAAAGAACUAAAAUGAUUAAUGAAAGGAAGCCUGGUCCGUAUGAUGAUAUUGUUACACCUAUUAUAGUUUGUAUUGCACUUUUUAUUGCUGUUGGACUUAAUUUUUACCUUAAACUCCCAAGAGUGAUUGAAAGUAGUCGGGAAAAUGUUAAUAUUAAUCUUCCUGAGCCAAUUACAUCAGCAUAA